CUUUUUUAUACAUUUAAUUAUUAUUUUUUCACGUAUACUAGACAUUUUUCUAUUAAAAAAUAUACAUAUAAAACAAAUACGCGACCCAUAUCACAACCCGUGCGAACGCACGAGUUUGUUAGUAGUUUUUAUAAAGAUGAUUACAAAAACAAUGGUUACAUUAUUCUUUCUUCUUUGUCUGGCAACGGGCAUAAUGAGCCAUACAAUUGAUGGUAUGCAUGGAGGGUUCAAUGAAGAUUUGAAGAGACAACUUAACGUUGCUAAUGAAUCUCAUGUCAAAAGUUUUAUGGUAUAUAUUUAUCCACAUAUAUUUAAUUUUUGGACUCAUUUAAUGGUUUGCAUUCACAUUUUUAAUAAUGUUUUCAUUGAUAUAGUAAAUUGUAUAGACUCUUUCAGGUCACAUUGUUGAUUGUGUGGAUAUUUACAAACAACCCGCUUUUAACAAUCCUUUAUUAAAAAAUCACAAGAUGCAGAGAAAACCAAGUUUUGAAACUGAUAGAAUUAUUUCUACUAAACCAAUAAAUUGGCUUGAGAAAGUUAGAUGUCCCAAAGGAACAGUACAUGUUCAAAGGAUAACUAAAGAUGAUAUCGCUGGAGGAAAAUCUUUAUUAAAUAAUUCUUUGAUAUAUCAAGAUAGCUCCUCUGGUCACGCAAUGGAAUUACUAAAGAGCAUAAGGGGUGCUCACCCGAUGAUACAUAACGGAAAGCUUCUACCGUUCAAAACAAGAGAGCGGGAGAAUAUUCCAAGAGAAAAAGUUACAACAAGACUUUGUCCUAUAAUAGGCGCAAAGCCAUUUCCACGAAUUAGAGACCACCCCACCCCAACAUUCAUUAAAACUAAACGUAUCCCGCUUGAAAAUGAUAGCGUUUCUUGAUAACCAAAUACUCCACACCGUUGCCAACCAAAUAACCGCUAGAGUGUCCCUCACAACCGAACCUUUCACCUUAUGCAUUGCGAAAGGAUACCUAACAAAUUCCUCGAAGGAUAGAACCUUGUUGAUAUCAACCCACACAAAAACCUUCUUCCACACUUCCUUCGUAAUCUCACAACCGCCUAAGAGGUGAGGGAGAUUCUCUUCCUCCUUAUUGCAAAAGGCGCAAACCAAAUUGCUAGAAUCCAACAUGCCUCUCUUACCUAAAUUAUCCUUGGUAGCUAGGCGGUUGUGGAUGAUUCUCCAUCCGAAAAAAAAGGAGUUUAGACGGAGUUUUUACCUUCCAUAAUAGUGCAGCCGCUUUGACUAAAACAGGUUCAAGAGGGGGUCCGGAUAACUUUUCAAAAAAUCUGUUGUAGCAAGAUUUGACCGAAAAGCUUCCAUCCAAAGACGGCGUCCAGCUGAACCCAUCUGCCCCAUUUGCACCAGGGGCGUGAUCCCGGAUCUGCUGCAUCAAAUCAGUCCGUAUAGCAGCAUCCGUAUCAUCCUGCUGGCCGAAAAUGGCCCUUUGAUUCCAGCGCCACCCUUCGCUGUAAAAAACGCCAGCCUCUGCAACAGUUAAAACAUCAUUGGCAGCAACUACGAAUAGUUCCGGAAAGGCUGAGGCCAGGGCUUGGUUCGCUGCCCAGCAGCCGUGCCAAAAUGGUGUUUCCGCCCCACCACCGAUUUUGCAAAAUACUGCACCUGCAAAGCUAUGAGUUAGAAGAGAAAGAUAAUUGUCAGAUAAAAUCAAGCCCCUCCACCAUAUAGAAUCGUUUUUCUCAAUGACGGACUCAUCCCCUACCAACACCUUACACUUCACAUUUCCAUAUCUAGAAGUAAGGAUGCCCCACCAAACCGCCUCCUCCUCGAUCAAAAACCUCCACUUCCAUUUGCUCAACAACGCUAAAUUCAUCACCUCCACAUUUCUCACUCCCAAACCUCCUUCGCUUCUCUCUUUACAAACCGUCUCCCAUCGAAUCCAAUGGAUAGUCCUUUUAUCAUCUCUACGACUCCAAAGAAAAGAACUUUGGAUAGACCGAAUUUCAUUGAGAACCUUCGUAGGAGCUUUAUAGAAGGACAAAGAAUAGAUUGAAAUAGCGUUUAAGACGGAAUUAAUCAAACACACCCUUCCCGCUAUAGAUAAAUUCAUACCUUUCCACACGGCUAACCUUCUUCUUAAGUGAGAUAACAAAUCCUUCCACAUCGAUGACUUUCUAGGACUAUCGCCCACUCUCACUCCAAGGAAUUUAAACGGCAAGUUAUCGACUUUGCACGCUAGAAAGGUCGAAGCCGCCUCUAUGAACCAACCUCCUACAUUUACACCAUAAAUAUUACUCUUGUUGAAAUUCACCCUCAACCCCGACAUUAUCUCAAACCCCCUAAGAAUAGCCAAGGUGGUUAUUAGAAAUCAUCCUCCUUUCUAUGGAAUUUCAGGAACUAUUAGUCUUUAUAAUCCAAGAGUUCGUAUGGGACAAUAUAGUGCAGGUUAUAUAUAUAUUGAAAAUAAAAACAACAAUCUCAAUAAAAUUUUAGUUGGAUGGCAUGUAAGUUAAAUUUAUUUUAUUAAUUUAAAAAUUGUGUGAUUUUCUAAUUUAAAUAAAUUAGAGAACAUUGAAAAUAAAAUAAAAUUUAUCACAAUCAUGUCAGGUAUUUCCUGAACUAUACAAUGGUAAUGAUUCAACGUUUUUGUUCAC